UCCUUUCCCCUCAUUAAACGGCCUUCUCUUCUCUCUCGCUCCAUCUACCAUCGCCAUCGAAUAUCAGCCGUCGACGACUAUCAUCAACGGUGGGAAUUCUCUCAUCUUCCGUGGAAAAGACUAGUAUGUCCCUCACCAUGGGUAGGAAUUGCAACUUGGAGCUUCGACUUUUCCCUGCCGGCGUCGAUGCCGAUCACCCAUCUCCAGAUUCCAGCCGAGCAUCGAACGAAGAGUCAGUCAAAAACUCACAGCAACUGACGAUUUUUUAUAAUGGCCGGAUUUGCAUCUGCGAUCUAACGGAGUUUCAGGCUAGGGAGAUCUUAUGCUUUGCGAAUCAAGAAAUGCAUGAGAAGCUAACAACGCAUCGUCCAGACCUUCUUCUGCCAUCUCAGCAGCCUCGACUUCGUGUUCCAGCUCUUUCAAUGAAGAGAUCUUUGCAGCGGUUCUUACAAAAGAGGAAGAGUAGGAUUCUGACAACUUCCCCUUACAAGCAAUAGUCAUGGAAAGACUUUCACUUUCGAUGAAGAAGAUUCUCUCACCUACAAUGGGUCAAAAGUGAACUUCCAAGCACAUGGGUAGAAAAUUGAAUACACCGCCAAAAGAACCUUCGUGGUGCAUUAAAUGUUGAAAAUUCUCAAUAUCGAACGGAGAGAAAAUUGGAUCCGCCCAGCGAAUUGCGUCGGGAUUUAUCAAUAUGAUUUAUAAAAUGAAAAUCGUUAUCAUAAUGAGAAGUGACUUUUGCUUUCAUUUUUUACAUGAUUUAGAUACAAUUAUCGAAUUGGAUUAUAGGUAUGGUAUAAUGAUUGUAAUUACAUUGAUAAAUAUUAAUGAGGAUUGGAUUGAUUUUUUUUAGA